CACAUCCUCACUACAGCCUGGGUGAUCGAUCCCCUGAGUUACGAGUCAAGUUCGCCCUAUUUCAACAGCAUAACAACAAUUCAUGCCAUUCUGGGAGAUUCUCAGGAAUUCGAAGUGGGACUCUCCAAUGUGAUACGCCAUCCAGAUUAUGUCAGGUGGACUUACGGAGAAACAUCUCUGAACACUCGAAUCAGAAAUCAACCAGCAAUUUUGAGACUGCCUUCUGAUGCCGUGUUGGGAGACUAUGUCAAAACUAUCCCGAUUAUGUCAAAUGCUGGCUCCUCGUACAUUGGACAGAGCGUCACGAUCCUGGACUGGAAUUUAAAUCUCCAAUCAGGCGAGUUUCAUUCGACGAAUAAGGCGAAUUAUGUCGGCGUGGGAUGUAGCACCUUUUUCAUGAGUCUGGAAUGGUCCUUGUGCUUUGAAUUGGCCGAUACUUCAUUGCCAUCUGCCUUGGAUAAAAUCGGGAAAAUGGGGUCUCCAAUUGUGGUUGACUACGGAACCGAAAAGGCAGCAUUGGUUGGGGUCAAAACUUAUUACAUUAUUGUGAACCCAGCCUUAUCCACGAGGGUCACGACAAUUGCCAGCAGCAUGAGUUAUGAUGGACAUACUGCGUUCGUCUGCCAAUAUGCUGAUAAGUGGUACCUUGAACUU